UUACUCCCAUUAAAAACACACACCCAAGCCCUCUCUGUCAAUUUACUGAAUCAUCUCAAUAAAACCAAAGAAAAGCUUCUUCUCUGUGUUCGUCGUUUUCUCCCUCGAUUUGCAGACCCUUUCUUUUUGCUAAUUCUCAUCACAUAAAGUGACGAUCUUUGAGGUGGGUUUUGGCUUUUACAUCAAUGGAGACAUUUAGAUAAGUCAGGGAAUCUGAAGCAUACCAUCGUUUUGUUAAGAGGAUUUGCAUCCGAUCAUGCCGGUUCCUGAAAACACUCUGGCUGUGUCGUCGAUCGGCUCUCAUGCGGUCAAUGAUUCCGGUAAAUCAAGAACCAGCAGCGAUUCCGUGGCUGCUGCUAAGACUAACAAGGAAGCCCGGUUUGAACAGGUCAAACCAGCACAAGCGGCCAUCGAUGGCGAUGGCGAUGGCAAAGCUGAAAUGCUAAAUGGGUUUAGCAAUGUGGAAAAUGGGGGUGAUGGUGAGAUUUUCGAGAAAAACAUGAGUGAUUUGGUUGAAAUUUUGUCUAAGCUUAACCCUAUGGCUGAGGAAUUUGUUCCUCCUUCACUUGCCAAUCACCACCACUAUGAUCAAAACCAUCAUGAUAAUCACUUUCUGGAAAAUGGGUUUGGUUUUGUUACUGACAAUUUUGCUGUUAAUGCUGAUUCUGGCAAUGGAUACACUAAUAGAAGGAAGAGGAACAACUUUAGCCAAGUGAAGAGAAGGUUGAAUAAUCGAACUAACCUUGCGCAGCAAGAGGACGUGAUUAGGAAGACUGUUUAUGUAUCCGAUAUCGAUCUACAGGUUACUGAGGAGCUUCUUGCAGGUCUCUUCCUGAGUUGCGGACCGGUUGUUGAUUGUCGAAUAUGCGGUGAUCCUAAUUCUGUUCUCCGCUUUGCCUUCAUCGAAUUUUAUAAAGAAGAGGAUGCGAAAGCUGCUUUGAAUUUGUCUGGAACCAUCCUCGGUUAUUACCCUCUUAAAGUGAUGCCUUCCAAGACCGCGAUCGCACCUGUUAACCCGACCUUUCUACCCAGGUCUGAGGAUGAACGGGAGAUGUGUGCAAGGACCAUUUACUGUACAAACAUAGACAAGAAGAUUACUCAAGCUGAUGUCAAGCUCUUCUUUGAAUCACUAUGUGGGGAGGUUCAACGCUUGAGGCUAUUGGGAGACUAUCGUCAUUCAACUCGCAUUGCUUUUGUCGAGUUCACAAUGGCUGAAAGUGCGAUCGCAGCCCUCAACUGCAGUGGUGUGGUUCUGGGAUCACUGCCCAUAAGGGUAAGCCCAUCAAAGACACCUGUUCGUCCCCGUGCUCCUCGCCUUGCAAUGCACUAAAUCACCCCGUGCUCCUCGCCUUGAAAUGCACUAAAUCACCCGUUCUCCUCGCCUUGCAAUGCACUAGAUCAUCCAUGCUCCUUUCUUUGUUCCCGACUUCAACUGCCAUUAUAUUUACAUACAAACAGCAGUACAUUUGAGGUACUUUUGGUGAUAAAUGUUAUCUUCUCCGUGCAUCGUAGUUACUUUUGCGGGGUUUAAUCGUGGUUGGUAUCUUUUAGUUAACGUGGUUUUGACAGACAUGAAUGUUAAUUUAUGUUUCAUGUUACAAUGGAUUCUCUGAGAGGAUGAUAUCCCUUCACAUAGAUUGCAAAGGCAUAUCCAACAACUAGUAACAGUUAAAUAUACUAUCUCUGCUUUUCUU